UUCAUAGCUUGGGUUCACGGUGAUUACCUAACCACAAUCGUACGGUCCCGGAACAGUGGCUUCAACUGUGCGCUAUGUCGCCUCGGCGUAUUUUAAUAAUUUCUUUUUUAAUAUCAUAUGUUGCGCAUGUUAGAAUGUCCCUCAAAACCUAAACACACCCUCUGAUUUGAGCUCUUUCUUCUAUAUUCUCUCUCUUUCAUUUUGGUGCUUUUGGAGGCAAAACCUACAGUCAAUUGAAGUUACAGGUUCUACUGUUCGUAUUUCUUCAUCAAUUUAUGCUUUCGUUUCUUAUAUUUCUCUAAUUUCACCAAACAUGUUGUCAAUUUAUCACAGUAUUUAACCUAGGGUUGACUAACUUAUAAAAUUUCCUUUGCCUUAGUUGUGAAUUCUAAGUAAUGAUGUUCUAUGAUUGAGCAUUGUAGUUCUGUAAAUUUGUACUGUUGUUUUAUGGUUCUGAAUCUUGGUUAUAAUGAGGGAGGUGGAGAUCCCCAAUUGGCUCAAAGGGUUGCCGUUGGCACCCGAGUUUCGCCCAACUGACACUGAAUUCGCAGACCCAAUUGCUUAUAUAUCGAAAAUUGAGAAAGAAGCUAGUGCUUUUGGUAUAUGUAAGGUUAUUCCACCAUUGCCCAAACCUUCUAAAAAAUAUGUUGUUACCAACUUGAAUAAGUCGCUUUCUAAGUCCCCAGAAUUGGGUUCAGAUGUAAACCUGUCAAAUGUUCGGUCUUCGUCGAAGAAGGAUGAUGAGGAUAAAGGAAAUGAUGGAGUGGUUCAGGCAGUCUUUACUACGAGACACCAAGAAUUGGGGCAGGCUGCAAAAAGAACCAAGGGGUCAGGUCACCCGCAGCCGUCUGCUGUUCAUAAGCAAGUAUGGCAAAGUGGGGAAAUUUAUACUUUGGAGCAGUUUGAAUCUAAAUCGAAGAGUUUUGCUCGGAGCCAACUGGGUAUGGUUAAGGAGCUUUCACCAUUUGUUAUAGAGGCACUGUUCUGGAGGGCAUCUACUGAUAAGCCUAUAUAUGUGGAAUAUGCAAAUGAUGUACCUGGCUCUGGUUUUGGAGAACCAGAGGGACUAUUUCGGUAUUUUAAAAGACGUAGGAGGAGGAGGACAUUCGAUCGAUACAGUCGAGGAAGCUCUGAUGGCAAUAAACAUCAAGUAGAUAUUAUGAGUAAUAGUGGUGAAAAUAAAGAUGAAUCCCCCAAGACUGGUCCUAAUUCUUCGGUAGAGAUGUCCAAGGCAUCUACUUCGUCACUAACUAUGUCUUCAGAUCAAAAAUCACGUUGCUCUAGACAAAAGACUUCAAAUGCUAGUAAUGAGAUGGAAGGUACUGCAGGUUGGAAGCUUACAAACAGUCCUUGGAAUUUACAAGUAAUUGCACGUGCACCUGGCUCACUUACGCGUUUCAUGCCGGAUGAUAUCCCGGGUGUUACUUCCCCCAUGGUCUAUAUUGGUAUGUUGUUCAGCUGGUUUGCUUGGCAUGUUGAAGAUCAUGAGCUUCACAGCAUGAAUUUCCUUCACACUGGCUCUCCGAAGGCUUGGUAUGCAGUCCCAGGAGAUUAUGCAUUCGCUUUUGAGGAAGUCAUUCGUACCCAGGCUUAUGGAGGAACUAUUGACCGCUUAGCUGCUCUUACACUUUUGGGCGAGAAGACUACUCUUCUAUCACCUGAAGUUGUUGUUGCAUCAGGCAUUCCAUGUUGUAGGUUGAUACAGAACCCUGGUGAAUAUGUUGUGACUUUUCCCAGGGCGUACCAUGUAGGAUUCAGUCACGGUUUUAAUUGUGGGGAAGCUGCUAACUUUGGAACACCAAGGUGGCUUAGCGUAGCUAAGGACGCUGCAGUGCGCAGAGCUGCUAUGAAUUAUCUUCCCAUGCUUUCCCAUCAGCAGUUGCUAUACCUAUUGACCAUGUCUUUUGUUUCAAGGGUGCCAAGAUCCUUACUGCCAGGGGUACGAAGUUCUCGUCUGCGGGAUCGCCAAAAGGAAGAAAGGGAGCUGUUAGUAAAGAAGGCAUUUAUAGAAGAUAUAUUAAAUGAAAACAAUUUGUUAACUUGUCUUCUUGGGAAGAAUUCCUCUUACCAUGUAGUAUUAUGGGACCUUGAAUCACUACCAUCUCCAAGUAAAGAUUCCGAAUUGUCCGGCAGCAUUCCUACUGCUGAUACCACACCCAAAGAAAAUGUUUUUUCAGAAAAUGACAGUAACCAGGAUCUGUUUAGCCAGAUGAGCUUGUAUAUGGAAACUGUGAACGAUUUAUAUGUGAAUGAUGACGAUGAUGAUUUGUCAAGUGAUUUUCAAAUUGAUUCAGGGACGUUAGCAUGUGUGGCUUGUGGAGUUCUUGGUUUUCCAUUUAUGUCUGUUGUACAACCAUCGGAGAUGGCAUCAAUGGAUCUUCUGCCUGCAGAUCAUCAUAUGGUUCAGGAUGUAGGAGUUUCAGAGCCUGUGGAGUCUCUUUCCCCUUCAGACCCUAAUAGCAUGGUUGAGGGCUCUGCUUCAGAUGGACUGAGCGACCAAGAUUCUUUAAAGUGCAAAGUGUCUCCAGCAUUCCAGAAGAAUAUGCCAACGGUUGAAGCCCCAAAGUCUGGGAAAGAGUUCAAGUUGACAAAAGAUGGUGAAAGGUCCUCUAUAGAUGCUAAAAGUUCCUCUUUAGAUGCCACUGCCAAGACAAAACCGAAUGAGAGCAAUUUACUUGACCACCCAAAUGUUGAAUCAAGCCAAUCUAUGCUUUGCUUUGCGGAUGAUGUACAUCUUGCUUCUGUUAUAUCUCCACCUUCUAAGGAUCUGCCAGUUUCUUUAAAAGCCACCUUUACAAAGGGGUGGAGCAUUUCUCGUGGAUUUAUCAAACCGCGGAUAUUCUGCCUGGAGCAUGCAAUUCAAAUAGAGGAGCUGUUGCAUUCCCGAGGUGGAGCAAAUGUCCUGGUAAUUUGCCAUUCAGACUUUCAGAAAAUAAAGGCACAUGCUGCAGCCAUCACAGAGGAAAUUGGUAGUCCUUUUAACUAUAAUGAGAUUCCAUUGGAUAAUGCAUCCCAGGAAGAUCUGAACUUGAUAAAUCUUGCAAUUGAUGAUGAAGAACAAGAUGGAUGUGGAGAAGACUGGACCUCAAAACUGAAUAUUAAUCUACGGCAUUGUGUCAAGAUCAGGAAAAAUUCUCCAUCUAUGCAAGUACAACAUGCAUUGACAUUGAGUGGGUUGUCUUCUGACACAAGUCCCAGUUCCGAUGCCUUAUAUCUCAAGUGGAGAUCUAGGAAAUCUCGAUCAAAACGGAAUUUAAAUCAUCCGGUCUAUAUCAAACCAUCUGACAGUGUUCAAAUGGAGAAGGAUGAAGUGUUGGGAGCAAACUCAGAUGGCAACAUGGUUAGGAAAGUAGAUAAAAUUAUUCAAUAUUAUAGAAGAAGCUUCAAGUCUAAGCGUGAUGAUUUUGCACAAGCAAGGCAGGCCUCUGGAGACCCUAUGAAGCACCCGCUUGAAGAAGUUUUAGCUGUCGAUUGUGGAGAUUCUAAUAAAAAAAGCAGAAGCACAUCUGAGAACAUCUCUAACAAUGAAAAUACUGGAAACAGUUCUCCAGGACUGGAUGUGUUAGCUUCUAUUGGAAAAUCUGUGUUGCAACAUGAAAGUCAACUGCUUGGAACGACCUGGGAUGAGUAUUCUGUUCCAUCACAAAAAGCAGAUUUAAUUGACACUGCCACUCCAGUAGUUGAAAAUGUGGAGUCGCAAAUUCAAACCCAUACUUCGAAAGAAAUGAUCAUGGAGGGAAAAGAUGUGGAUUCAACCUGGGAUGGUGCUGAAAUGCAGCCGAAGCUCAGGGUCACUGAGAGAGGCAAUGAGAAAAAUGAGAGAUGGAAUGCUGAAAGUUUUGCUGGUUCACUCGCUGCUGUUCACAGUAUUGAAAUUUGUGAGAUGCAGAGAGAGAAUCAAAUUAUGGAGAAAAUUAGCAUGACAAAUGAGGGUUAUGAUCUGGUGACUAUGGAUUGUUCUGAAGGGCAAUGCCAUAUUCAGUCUGAUAUGGAUAUUUUGGUGGAGGCCUCUGGUCCUGCAAAAUCUGUGGUUUCAUGUGCUGAUGAACCUGUUAUGGGGAGUUGUGAUGCACAUGUGGAGAAAACAGUGGAGAAAUUUUGCAUGAACAGCGAUACAUAUGAUUGUGUGACUCAGGAUGAUAAAGUACAGCGAGAAAUUCGGACUACAAAUGGAAGUAAUGAGAAGGAACUCGUUUCAGGCAAUGUUAAACUAAGAAAUCAGUCUACUACUGUAACAAUGGCAGAAAGUCUCGAAGUUCCUAGAGAGGUCAAUGCUGCUAAGGAAAUGCAUACUGGUGACGAGAAUUGUUCUUUGCCCGACAAGAGAUGGCCAGAACAGACCAACUCUAUGAAAAUUUGCAUGAAAAAUGAGGUUUUCGCUUGUGUAACUUCAGAUGAUAAUGUGCAGCAAGAAAUUGAGUCUACAAAUGAAAGUGAUGUGAGAGAGCUCAUUUCAAGUAAUGUUACACUGAUAAAUAAGCCAACAUCUGUCUUGACGAGAGAAAGUUCUGAAGUUCGAAUAGACACCCAUGCUACCGAGGAGAUGCAGAGUGGUGGUGAGAAUUGUUCUUUGCUGAACGACGGAGAGCUGGAAAAUGACGAGUCCGACACGGUGCAACCCAGGUCUUCUGGAAAAAAAGUAAGCAAAAGAAAAAGAAAAAUGGAGCUGCAAACAGAUCAAUUUGAUUUCAGUGGCUUUAUUAGGAGUCCAUGUGAAGGGUUGAGGCCAAGGGCUGGAAAAGAUGACACUAGAAAUGGAUAUGACAGUAACAAAAUGGUUGAGGAGAAAUUGGCACGGAAGAAAGUUAGGAAAUGUUCAGAUGAUUCUGUUUCUUGCAAAGGCAAAAAAGAAAACAUUAAGGGGAACACAAUGGGCUCUUACAAAUGUGACCUUGAAGAUUGCUCAAUGAGCUUCAGGACAAAGGCAGAUCUACGUUUGCAUAAACAUAAUCGGUGCCCAUACAAAGGGUGCGGGAAGAAAUUCAGCUCCCACAAUUCCGCAAUGCUUCAUCAACGUCUUCAUGAAAAAGACAGGCCCCUCAAAUGCCCAUGGAAGGGCUGCACCAUGUCAUUCAAGUGGGCGUGGGCUAGGACUGAGCAUUUACGGGUGCACACAGGAGAGCGGCCAUACCAGUGCAAGGUUGAGGGUUGUGGUCUUACUUUCAGGUUCAUAUCCGAUUUUAGCCGCCAUAGACGGAAAACUGGGCAUUAUGUAAAACUACCAACCUGAAAUUUUGUUACUUCUGUCAGGUUCCUCCCUUUCCCUUAAUUAAUGGGGUCUCAGGGAUUAGGAAUCCUGGGGCCAAAAAAGGCUUCCAGAAUCAUGUGUAAACUAGGGUUUUACGAUGGUCUAAGUAUAUAUUAGGGGUAGACUGAUCCUUUUGUGGGUGGGCAUUCUUUCUUCUAUUAUCUGAAUGACUGAUCGUUGAAAACCCAUUUUGUAUUGGGGUCUUCAAUUUUAAUUUAAGCUUCAACCAGUUAGAAAAA